AUGGGCACCUUAUGGAACAGCGAAGAGAUUGCUGAUGUCUGGGCCGUAGCAGACAGAGUCACGGGAACGGGCAGACAGAAACGCCCCUUCAACCCGCCGAGGCUGACCAUCAACCUGUCUCUGCCCUCGGAGCACCGCUACGACCACGUCGCCUCACUGAUGAAGCAGCACCUAGACCUACCCAACCUCUUAAACUCUAUACUGGACGAUCUCACCGGACCCGCGAUCUCUGCCAUCCUGAAGAUCCCGAUCCGCCUCCUCAUGAGACGACUGCACUCGGACGAAGAGGACGCCGAGCUCAGGGGGAUAUCUCGGGCCACCGGUGUCCCGCGCGCGCUUCUCGUGAUUUCCCGCGGCCGUCCCGAGGGCACUCCCGCCGGCGCCUGUGACGGGAGCAACUCACGCAUGCUUCACUUUCGCACGCUUGACUGGAGCGGCGCAAAGCUGCGCAGGAUCAUCAUCGAGCUCGACUUCGUCACCUCUGAAGGGGGUCCUGUUGUUGCGAGGACCCUGGCAUAUUUUGGCUACGCGGGCGUCUUGACGGGUAAGCUGCGGGCCGCACCCUCCACGGCUGCAUACCUGAUCCUCUGCACUCCCAAACGCGCCUACAACAUUGAAAAGGACCACCGUCCCGCAAGCUGGACGAGCUCCAGCCAUUUCAUACUCACCUGCAACAACGACGUAGCAGAAAAUGCAGAGCCCCGAGACCCCCCUGGGGAAGGACCAGCCGGGAACCAGGGCAAGCCGCACUCACUUCUGUCCCCAGCCUCAUCUCAGGGCAUGAAGCAAAUGGAAUGGACCAUCAAUGGCUCGGCGGAGCGGAAACGGGGCAUUGUGGCAGUGCGGGAAGGCUUGAUGGCCACACAGCGACGCAGGAACGCUCGAGAACACGACCUGGAAGACCGUGACCCCCAUUGUCAGUGUGGCGAGGGCAGGGACAGGGACAUGACGCCCCAGGACCUGCUUGUGAUGGUCAAGAACCGACCAAUGAGUAAUAGCCAGACUCAAUAUGCUGUGAUUAUGGAUCCUUUGGCUGGCGCGUUCGUCUGGCGCAUGGCGUACGCGGAGAAGCACAGAGCCGAUGGUGGCGAGUAA